UCAGCGGCUUCCCCCGGCGGGAAGAGAGAGCCCGGAGAGCACUUUUCCCCCGACUUUAGGAGUGUUUGUGGAUUUAUAUGCCAAGCCUUCAAGAUGAUGUCCAUGAAUAGCAAACAGCCGCAUUUUGCCAUGCAUCCCACCCUACCUGAGCACAAAUACCCCACUCUACACUCCAGCUCGGAAGCAAUAAGAAGAGCAUGUCUACCAACUCCACCGUUGCAGAGCAAUAUCUUCGCCAGCCUCGAUGAGACCCUGCUGGCGCGGGCCGAGGCUCUGGCCGCCGUCGACAUCGCUGUCUCGCAGGGCAAGAGCCACCCGUUCAAGCCUGACGCCACGUACCACACCAUGAACAGUGUGCCCUGCACCUCCACCUCCACCGUGCCCCUGGCACACCACCAUCACCACCACCACCACCAUCACCAGGCGCUGGAGCCCGGCGACCUCCUCGACCACAUCACCUCCCCGUCCCUCGCGCUCAUGCCCGGCGGAGGCGGCGGCGGAGGCGGCGGCGGCGGCGGCCACGACGGGGCGGGCGGCGGCGGCGGCGGGGCCGGCAGCGGCGGGGGCGCGAGACGGAGCGGCGGNGGCGGCGGCGGCGGCGGGGCCGGCAGCGGCGGGGGCGGCGGCGGCGGCGGCGGAGGCGGUGGCGGCCUCAUCUCCACCUCGGCCCACCCGCACUCGCACAUGCACGGUCUGGGCCACCUCUCACACCCGGCCGCCAUGAACAUGCCGUCGGGGCUGCCGCACCCGGGGCUGGUGGCCGCGCACCACGGGGCCGCGGGGCAGGUGGCCUCGGCGGCGGCGGUGGUAGGGGCGGCCGGCCUGGCCUCCAUCUGCGACUCGGACACGGACCCACGAGAGCUGGAGGCCUUCGCCGAGCGCUUCAAGCAGCGCCGCAUCAAGUUGGGGGUGACCCAGGCCGACGUGGGCUCGGCUCUGGCCAACCUGAAGAUCCCGGGGGUGGGCUCCCUCAGCCAGAGCACCAUCUGCCGCUUCGAGUCCCUCACCCUCUCCCACAACAACAUGAUCGCCCUCAAACCCAUCCUGCAGGCCUGGCUGGAGGAGGCCGAGGGCGCCCAGCGGGAAAAAAUGAACAAGCCCGAGCUCUUCAACGGGGGCGAGAAGAAGCGCAAGCGGACUUCCAUCGCCGCCCCAGAGAAGCGCUCACUGGAGGCGUACUUCGCCGUCCAGCCCCGGCCCUCCUCCGAGAAGAUCGCCGCCAUCGCCGAGAAAUUGGACCUCAAAAAGAACGUGGUGCGGGUUUGGUUUUGCAACCAGAGACAGAAGCAGAAACGGAUGAAAUUUUCCGCCACCUAUUAG